AUGAUGGCACGGCGGGGUAAGACGGCGGCGCGGACGCUGGAAGACCUGACGCUGGACUCCGGCUAUGGUGGAGCGGCGGACUCGGUGCGCUCCUCCAACUUGUCGCUGUGCUGCUCGGAUUCGCACCCCGCGUACCCCUAUGGAGGAAGCUGCCGGCCGCACCUAACUGACUCCAUGCACAGUCGCCACAACAGCUUCGACACCGUCAACACCGUCCUAGCGGAAGAUUCCGAGGUGCUGGACUGCGCGGGGCAGCACUGCUCCCGGCUCCUGCCCGACCUUGAGGAGGUCCCCUGGAGCCUGGAGGAGGUGGAGGCGCUGCUGCAGCCGCCGCAGCCGCGCCGGGAUCCGCGGGCGCCGGGCGGCGGCGGCGGCGCGGCGGGGCGGGAUGCGGCGGCGCGGCUGUCCACGCUGGUGAGCCGCGCUCUGGUGCGCAUCGCCCGCGAGGCUCAGCGCCUCAGCCUGCGCUUCGCCAAGUGCACCAAGCACGAGGUGCGCAGCGCCAUGGAGAUCGUGCUGGGCUGGACGCUGGCCGCCCGCUGCACGGCGGCCGCUCUCGGAGCCCUCUCGCUCUACAACAUGAGCGGCAGCGGAGGGGACCGCUUCAGCCGCGGCAAGUCGGCGCGCUGCGGGCUGGCCUUCUCCGUCGGCAAGUUCUACCGCUGGAUGGUGGACAGCCGCGUGGCCCUGCGCAUCCACGAGCACGCCGCCAUCUACCUGACGGCCGGCACCGAGAGCCUCUUCCGCGACAUCCACGCUCGGGUGCUGGCCGGGACCGGGCCCUCCGCCCCGCUGCCGCCGCCCGGCCGUACCACCCCCGCUGCGGCCGCCGGCCCGGCCGAGAGGGAGAAGGAGGGCGCCGAGGGGCCGCGCUUCACGCUGGAGGCUCUGGAGCAGACGGUCAACAACGACCCCGAGCUGUGGGGGCUGCUGCAGCCCUACCAGCACCUCAUCUGCGGGAAGAACGCCAGCGGUGUUCUCUGCUUGCCGGACAGCUUGAACCUUCACAAAGACCAGCAACGGUCAAACAAGCCUGGGGAAGUGCAGAUGUUCAGCCAGUCCGAGCUAAGGACCAUCGAGCAGUCUUUACUGGCUACACGUGUGGGGAGCAUUGCCGAGCUCAGUGACCUCGUAUCCCGAGCCAUGCACCACCUCCAGCCACUGAAUGCCAAGCAGCACGGGAAUGGCACGCCAAUGCACCAGAAGCAGGGAUCACUCUACUGGGAGCCGGAGGCUUUGUACACCCUCUGCUACUUCAUGCACUGCCCGCAGAUGGAGUGGGAAAACCCGAACGUGGAGCCAUCAAAAGUCACACUGCAGACCGAGAGGCCGUUCAUCGUGCUGCCGCCCCUGAUGGAGUGGAUUCGGGUUGCCGUCGCUCACGCGGGGCACCGUCGCAGCUUCUCGGUGGACAGUGAUGACGUACGGCAGGCAGCCAGGCUUCUGCUGCCCGGAGUUGACUGUGAACCUCGACAGCUAAAAAUCGACGACUGUUUUUGUGCAUCUCGGAAACUGGAUGCAGUUGCCACUGAAGCGAAGUUCAAGCAGGACCUGGGCUUCCGGAUGCUCAACUGUGGCCGAACGGAUCUGGUUAAACAGGCCAUAGCCUUGCUAGGGCCGGAUGGGAUUAACAGCAUGAGUGAACAGGGCAUGACUCCACUGAUGUAUGCUUGUGUCAGGGGUGAUGAGGCUAUGGUGCAGAUGCUGCUAGAUGCUGGAGCAGAUCUGAAUGCUGAGGUUGUCAGUACUGCUCAUAAAUACCCAUCCGUCCACCCUGAGACCCGCCAUUGGACAGCUCUGACAUUUGCUGUGUUGCAUGGACAUAUUCCUGUAGUUCAGUUGUUGUUGGAUGCUGGAGCAAAAGUAGAAGGUUCCUUGGAGCAUGGAGAGGAAAACUACUCUGAAACUCCUUUACAGUUAGCAGCAGCUGCCGGAAAUUUCGAACUGGUCAGUUUGCUGUUGGAGCGAGGAGCUGACCCUAUGAUAGGAACAAUGUACAGGAAUGGCAUUUCCAUGACUCCACAAGGUGACAUGAACUCUUUCAGUCAGGCUGCUGCGCAUGGACACAGGAAUGUCUUCCGUAAGCUACUUGCUCAGCCAGAGAAGGAGAAGAGUGAUAUCCUGUCGCUGGAGGAGAUACUGGCAGAGGGGACAGACUUACCUGACUCUGCAGCAGCUCCGCUUUGUGCCAGCCGCAACAGCAAGGCCAAACUGAAAGCCCUGAAGGAGGCCAUGUACCACAGUGCUGAGCAUGGAUAUGUGGAUGUGACCAUUGACAUACGGAGUAUAGGUGUUCCCUGGACACUGCACACAUGGCUGGAGUCCUUGCGAACAUCCUUCCAGCAGCACAGACGACCCCUCAUCCAGUGCUUACUGAAGGAAUUCAAGUCCAUUCAAGAGGAAGAGUACACAGAAGAGCUCAUCACACAGGGGUUGCCUCUGAUGUUUGAGAUACUAAAAGCCAGCAAGAACGAAGUGAUAAGUCAGCAGCUAUCCGUCAUUUUCACUCAUUGCUAUGGACCCUACCCCAUUCCAAAGCUUGUGGAAAUUAAGCGCAAGCAGACCUCUCGCUUAGAUCCCCAUUUUCUUAACAACAAAGAGAUGUCAGAUGUUACAUUUCUGGUGGAAGGAAGACCAUUUUAUGCGCACAGAGUGCUGCUAUUUACUGCAUCACCACGGUUUAAAGCAUUGCUGUCUAGCAAGCCCUCAACUGAUAGUACUUGUAUUGAGAUCAACUAUGUGAAGUACCCCAUCUUUCAGUUGGUUAUGCAGUAUCUGUAUUAUGGAGGUGCAGAGUCACUCUUGAUUAAAAACAAUGAAAUUAUGGAGCUUCUCUCUGCUGCUAAAUUUUUCCAGCUUGAAGCUUUACAACGACACUGUGAGAUCAUUUGUGCAAAAAGCAUUAAUACAGAAAACUGCGUGGAUAUUUAUAAUCAUGCCAAGUUUCUUGGAGUCACAGAACUAUCUUCCUAUUGCGAAGGCUACUUUCUAAAAAAUAUGAUGGUCCUCAUUGAAAACGAAGCUUUCAAGCAGCUGUUGUAUGACAAGAAUGGAGAAACAUCUGGUCAGAAUGUACUACAGGACUUACAGAGGACGUUGGCCACAAGGAUUCAGUCAAUCCAUUUAUCUUCUUCAAAGGGCUCCAUUGUAUAAAGCUGAGGAAGACGGUAACGCUCUAAUAAAGACCCUGCAAGUUAAGUCUCCUGUUGCAGUUGCUUAAAUGAAUACACACAAAAUAGAUUCUACUUCACAUCCAAAUAGUUCCAUGUUGGCCAAAGGUGCUACGCUGAGGCUUCCGCCUCAUUUGGAUGAGGGAAUAUGGAAAACAUAGCUCCUGUAUGCAUCUGAGCAACAGGCCUACCAGAGCGUCCAGUGCAUCGGUGUUGUGCCCAAAUUCUGAACACAAAAGUGUAGUCGUGGAGCUAGAUGCCAACAAAAGCCAGAACUCACAUCAGUGAACAGCAGCAGCCCCUGCCUGAGUGGUGGUGCCAUGGAACACCUGAAUUGACCAAUUACACAUUUAAGGCAAAUGUUCCAUCGUUUCACAUUUAAGAACUAUAUCUAUCCCGGAGUCCAUUAUACACUUAAAAAAUGUAAGAACUGUUGUUGCUGUUGAGCAAAGAUGGAUUGUGUUAAGAGAGUGGGUAAGACUGUUACAACUGAGGAAAUAUACAUACUGGCAGAUUUUUAGGGGUGGGAACUUUUUAAAUUGUUCAUAAAAAUAAUGGGGUGGCCUUGUAGUUUAAAAACUAUUUCUUAAGCUUAAAAUUUCAUUUUCAACAGUUGUGUUUGAGAAUCUAUGUAACAUGUUUUGUUUUUUAAAUGGUUAAAAUGUACAUUGUGUAAACACACAUAUGAUCGAGUUUUGCUUGUAUUCUUUCCUAAAGUGGUAUAAUCUUGCCUACAGGCUAUGGUUACACCAAAGAGGUACAUUACCCAGGCUAUCUCUAAUACAGUAG